AUGUGGCAGAUCGAAGAAAUCCAACUUUUGGUUAAUGAAAGAAAGAGACGUAACGCUGAAUUCCACCAAACAUUUAAAAAAAAUGCCUUUUGGCAAAGUGUAGCCAAUCGAGUAAAUGAUCGUUUUAAUACUUCCUAUACAAGUAAACAUUGUAAGGAUAAAUUUUCGCAACUGGUAAAGGAAUUUAAUCAAAUGAGAAAGUAUCGUGCAGGUGAUGCAGGCAGUAGUUCCCUCCUAGGGCGUUUAUUUUUUGAAGAAUUUAAAACUUUUUUUUGGAAGCGACCAAAACGUGAGCUAAACUCUUCACGCAAUCGUCGACAGCAGCAACUUGUUUUUCCUGGACCACAGCCUCAACCGCAAUCAGGACCAUCUUCACCUUCAACAAAUACAUCAGGAUAUAAAUCAUUGCAUUUAACAUAA